CUCUUCAUCACCAUCUUUAUUCCAACACUUGACUCUUUCUCCAAGCUCUCUCUAUCUCUAGUCCUUCCUUCAUUCAUCAAAUAUUUAUUAAUACAGCCAGCUAUAUAUAUAGGGAACUCCAAUGAAAAAGAUGGAAAUGUCUCUCUCGUGGAACGAAGAAUUAGCACUUGUCGUUCUCAAAGUACUCCAUUUAAAGUCCCAAACCGGCUCUAAACAAACACCUUCCAAUGGUCUAUAAUUAAACUAGGGUUGCCCCGUGCAAUUCUUUUUUUUUUUUUUUUUUUUUUUCCCUUUUGAAGAUGAUGUUUCCAUCAAACAGUUGCAAUGGAGACGACCAAGCUUUUUUCUAUAGGACUUUUCUUACUAAUAAUGACACCAACAAUAUCAUCCCCAAUUCCAAACAACAACAACAACAACAACAAGAUCCUCUUCUUCCUCUUCCUCUUCCUUCUCCAAGUUCUUUGUCGAGUUUUUUCUACCUUCCCUCUCCUUUUGAAGAAGAAGAAGAAGAAGUAGUUCAUCAUGACCUUCUUCUUCAAAACCAACCUGACUUGGUAUUCCAGUCCCAUCAUGAACUACUAGCUUCUGAAAAAACUGUAAGUAAUAAGAGUCCAACUACUACUACUAGUACUAUGGUGGAGUACUCCUCAUCCGAUGUGGCGGCGGCGAUGAAGACGACCACGACAAUGAACAUUCAGAAUCACAUCAUGACUGGUAGAGAGCAAAACAAUGUGACUGAAUUAGUACAACAACAACAACUACAACAACAGAUCCCAAGAAAAAGAUCCUGCAAGAGGGAUCGGCACAGCAAGAUCAACACUGCUCGAGGACCGAGAGAUCGGCGAAUGAGGCUGUCACUCGAAGUUGCUCGUAAGUUUUUCGGGCUGCAAGACAUGCUUGGGUUCGACAAGGCCAGCAAAACCGUCGCGUGGUUGCUGAUACAGGCCAAAUCCGAAAUCAAGAAGCUGGCAAGGGAGUUGAAGAAACAGCCAAGCAGUUGUAGUGCAGCUGGCACCAAAAGCUCCACUACCUGUUCCACUUCCGAGUGUGAAGUCGUAUCCGGCACCGACGAGGUGGCAUUAAUCGACGGUGGUGAUGAUGAUGAUGAUCAUCACCGCCGAUGCGGGCGUAAAUCUUCAUCAUCCUCGGCGAAAGAGAUGAUGAAGAAGAAAAAGAAGAGCAGGCAAUUGUCAAGGAAGAAUGCAUUUGAUCCCCUUGCAAGGGAAUCAAGGGACAAGGCUAGAGCAAGGGCAAGGGAGAGGACAAGGGAAAGAGAGAAAUUGAGAAGGUUGGUAGGUGGUGAUGAAUCAAAGGUAUGUGAUCAUGAAGCUACAAACAAUAACCAAGAGAAUCCCUGCCGAUUAGGUUCUUCUUGGAGUCCGUUCGAGUUCGAGACCGGGGAAGAAUCAGGAACACAAAGCCAAAACAUGAAUCCUACUAAUUCAUUGGCUGAGGACAUGGUUGAUGAUGAUUCUUUGGUGAUUAUGCAGGGAAAGUGGAGCCCAUCUUCCAUUUUCAACUCCCUGCAAAGCACUGGAAUUUCCCAAGAGCAUCAGUUUUCAGACCUUCAGUUCUUUGGCAAACCAUGGGACAUCUGCAACACCCAUAACCUAUGCUAACUUUGGAUUCCCUCUCCACACUUUUGAUAUGCAAACUGAAGAGGACAUUUCUGUAUGUGUUGUAUUAAUAUAAUCGAUCGUUAAUUCAUUCAGCUUUGGAAUAUGUAAUUUGUGCAAAUUUUCUUGGUGAACUAUUCCAUAUGUAAAUCAUUGUUAUGUGAUAUAUAAUAUCAAUAUAUUGUGUUUCUCUUACUUC